CGCUGCUAGCGGAAGCGAUGCUGCACCGCACAGGCAGCGCUUCCCCGGCUCUCCUUCAAGCUGAAGGUUACCCACCGGCGCAGCUAGCCGCAACCUUGUGAGCGACGCGCGCCUCAGGUCCGGGCUCCGGCUGCUCCGCGGCAGCGAGCAGGGGCAACCACCGGGCCGCCCGCGCCGGGGCGCACUGCACCAGCUGCUUCGGCUUCGUGGAUGUGUAUGCAUGAGUUCUGCACCGAAUGGGCGCAAAAAGCGCCCCAGCCGGUCCACCCGCUCCUCGAUCUUCCAGAUCAGCAAGCCUCCGCUGCAGAGCGGGGAUUGGGAGCGCAGGGGCAGCGGCUCCGAAAGCGCCCACAAAACCCAACGAGCCCUGGACGACUGCAAGAUGCUUGUCCAAGAGUUCAACACGCAAGUGGCCCUGUACCGAGAGUUGGUCAUUUCUAUUGGGGACGUCUCAGUCAGCUGCCCCUCUCUGCGAGCGGAAAUGCACAAGACAAGAACCAAAGGCUGUGAAAUGGCCCGUCAGGCACACCAAAAGCUGGCUGCCAUCUCAGGGUAG